UAUUAUAGGUACAUAUUUUAAUUUUGUCCUAUAAUUUAACCAUUAUUUUAACUUUUGUAGCUUUACAGUGAGAAAUAGUAAUAUUAACGAAGUACCGUAAAUUUUAUUCGGUUGUAGAAUACACCUUUUUAAUUUAAAAAAUUUCACUCCAGUUACUAGUUUAAUCUCGUUAAUUUUCUAAGUAUGCAACGUGAAGAGAAGCAACUAGAAGCCACUUUACAUGCAAUUCUAAAUAGAGUAAAUGAUCUCAAAAGUGCUAUCCAGGCGUUAAUCUCAAAGUUAGAAACAGAAUACGAAACUAUAAACUGGCCUACGUUUUUAGAUAAUUAUGCCAUCUUAUCGGGUCAUUUGACAGGUUUAAGUAAAAUAUUACAAGCUGAGUUAGCUCCAUCGCUAAGGUCAGUGGUAGUGCUGCCACUACAGCUAGGAUGUGAGCGAGAUGAAGAACUAGCACGUCUGACAGAAUGUAGAGUUCCUGCCUGCACACAUGACUUAGUGCCAGAUCUGUUGCGCACUAAGCCUGAACCACAGGCAGAACAGAGACUACAGCAGCUUAACCAUAAAGCUAGCACCCUGAACUUUGAUACUGCACAGAAACAAGUGGCACAAUUUACUAAGGUUGUGAGCCAUGUGUGGGAAAUUAUAUCAAAAGGUCGUGAGGAUUGGGAAGGAGAAUCUAUGAGAUCGGCUGGUAUGCAGCCAACACAUAGUAUUGCAGAUACCCAUGCAUUAGUAACAGCUGUUGGAACUGGAAAAGGCCUAAGACCUGGAAUGCCUCCUAGCUUACCACCAGGAGUUGGGGCUCCUGGCAUGGGUCCCACUCGUGGACAAACACCACAUAUGGGCCCUGCUGCACCAACAAUGCCCAAAGCACCUUCGGCUAUAAAGACAAAUAUCAAAGCAGCUAAUCAGAUUCAUCCCUAUAGACAAUAAUACAUUACAUACUAUACAUGUUCAGUGAUAAGUAAUGAGUUAUUAAAAUAAUAGUUUGCUAGUA